AUGGGGCAUCAAUCUGAACUGGCUACACCUCACAAUAGUGACGAUGAAAGCGGAGAUGCUUUUACAGAUGGCGAUUUUGGUGAUUCAGAUGAUGAACAUAUCAUAGAAAGAAAUGAUAAUAUAAAAGCAUCGCAUAUUCCCAUUAACGAAACCAAAAACGAGGAUAUUCACAAAAUGAAUGGCGCAACAAAUGGUUUUUCUAAAAACGCAGAUUUUGAAGAACAACCUAGACAUAUAGUAAGAAGCGUUAGUGAGGCUCAUUCCAGUGAUGUAGAGAAUCCAAACAUACACCUAUCAGACCUUCGUAGGGAUUCUCACGGUGACCAAAGUCCCUCAAUAGUCGGCAUUCUUGGAGAUCAGCAAAAUCAUUUUGUAUGUGACAUCAGCUGGACGCACUUGUGCGAUGGUAUUGUCACGUUUGGUGACCUCAUACAACGCCAUAGCUCCAACAUGAUUGAACUCGAACUGUUAUUCUAUAUCACAGUUCGUAUUUUGACACUCUAUGCUGAGCAACGGUUGGCGGCGCGUCGCGCUGCUCGGGCAGAGGCGCGUGAAAUCCGCAUGCGCGAGUUAGAACGGCAGCAAAGAGAACAGGAGGACCAUGCCGAUAAAGCAUAUGACAUGUAUGCGGGUAAGACGGAGACGGUGGGGCGGCGGGACCGCACACGCCUGGCGGCGCUCAGCCCGGCCAGCUCCGUGCUCUCACCGCGGAGAAGCUCCGAGGACUCCGUCGAUGACCUCUUCAGUAUGAAGGAUCUUAGGCACGAGUUAAAAGAAGUAGAGGAAAAAUUCCGUAAGGCGAUGAUUCUGAAUGCGCAGUUGGACAAUGACAAGGCGGCGCUCGGUUACCAGCUAGAAUUGCUUAAGGACAGGAUAGAGGAGCUCCACGAGGAAUAUGCGCAGUUACAGCGCGAGCACAGGGAAAAGUGUUCGUCCCUGGAGCGUGUGAAGCGUGAGUUCGAGUCGGUGUCCCGCGAGCUGAGCGCGGCGCGUGAUGCCGUCCGCGCGCGGGACUGCGCGGCGGCGGCGGCCGGCUUCGCCUUCGUAGAGGCCGCCGCGCUGGACGCCGCGCCCAGCAGCGCCGGCCAGGCCGUCGGCGCCGUGCCGCCGCUCGCGCUCGUCAGCCACCACGCCGAGCAGCUGCUCAACGACGCCGGGGAGGGGACGCUAGAUGUACGGUUGCAGAAUUUGCUAAGUUCUAAACAAUCACUGGAAUCAGAAGUUCGCAAGCUGAAGUUGCAGUUGAACGAGGAACGCGCCGCCAGACAAAACGGUGUAGCGAACCAUCACGACCAGGAGUAUGAAAAUGAGUUGGAGGCGGCGCGCAAGGGCCUGUCGGAGGCGAAGGGGCGCGCGGCUCGCGCCGAGGCGGAGGCGGCGCUCAACGCCGCGCACGUGGCGCGCCUCGAGGCGCAGCUCGCCCGCCUGCGCGCGCGACAGGACCACCAGGACGAGCACGAGGAGCAGCUCAAGCAGGAGCGCCGCAAGCUGCAGCGCGAGGCCCGUGAAGCAUUGAACCGAGUGGAAGAACUGGAGACUGAGAACAGCCACCUGACGAAACGACUAGACAAACUCAAGAACGCAAAGUCAGCACUCCUCAAGGAUCUGUGA